ACAGUCACCUGUGAAAAGAAGCUGGAGAAGGGCAAUUUAUCUUUCUUUUCCAGAUGAAUGAAAAUACCUACAGGAUCCUGUCCCUCCAGUUUUCAUCAGCAAGCAGCAUUAGGGAGCAACGGCUGAGCAACAAAAAUGAUAUUAAUCAAAUUUAUUCCAGCAUCUCCUUUUUCUCAAGGAACUCUAUGCCCAUAGGAAUUUGCUGCAUGCAUUUCCAAGACUAAGGACCGAUGUGCCACAGGUGCAUGCCAGCAGAUCAUGUGAGAAUUUGCAGGUGAGAAACCUACCCCAGCAGGACUUUCUCUGCCCGGUUUGAAGUAUAUGGUUUGGUGUAAACACGUCAAUUCUUGCUUCUUUCUUUAUCUUUUAAAUCUCUCGGGCUGGGAGAUUUCUUUUCUCGUUGCAAUUAUGAUCAUUUGUAACAUCAGUGCCAUCAAAGAUUGGAGCACUUUCCUCUCCCAGAUCCUCCCCAGCGUUAACAAGACCUUGAACUUGGUGCAGCAAGUGGAAGCCACCACCAGCUCGGUGGUAAGUGUCCUCCAGGACCCUGAGCAGGACAGCUACCUGUCCAACAGCCAGUCCAUGAACUCCAGCAACUUCACAGCUGGUCUGGACCAUCUGUUCCAGUAUUCGUACUCGGACAAUGACCAGCUUUACAAGGAAUACAAACCCCCUCCUCGAGACGCCAUUCCGCUGCCCAAGGCUGUCCUCUACCUGCUCAUGGCAGCUCUGGUGGUAGUGGCGGUGGCAUAUGCGAUCGUUGGGCAUCUCAUCAAGGACCUCAUUCACGAUUUUAUAGACUGGAUCUUCGGCCCCAGCCCGGACGACAACAGCAACAAGAGCGACGUGAACUGCAUCAGCAACAGCGUCAACGAGAUGAGCGAGAUGCCCGAGGCGCCGCGGCACCGCGACCGCCAGCCCCAGGACGUGGUCAUCGCCGUGGGCGAGACCUGCCACCUGCCGCAGCAGACGUGA